CCUCAGCUGCUUGCGUGGAAAUUGACUGUGUCGUCUUACGAGUACUUGUGUGAAGGAACCAUGUCCAAAAAUAGGGAUGCAUGCAGUGUAUGCAUGCCACCAGAUUUUCAAGCACAGCUACUCACAGCUCUCAAGGACAGGGACAUGAUCCUUUUCAGUAGUCUUCUACAGCAAUGUAAUGCAGAUGGCAAGAAGGUCGUAAACCCUGACCAUCCAUAUGGUGAUCCUCAUUAUGCCACAUGUUUGUAUAUGGCUUGUAAGGAACAUGACUCUGAAGAGUUCAUAGUAGCCUUGCUGGCUGCUGGUGCAGAUCCCAAUCAUGUGAAUCCCAUUCGUAACAAAGCGCCUUUGCAUGUCGCAACUGAACAUGGCAACUAUAGAGCAAUAGCUGUAUUGCUGCAAGACAGCAGAACUGAUGUCAACAUCCAGGACAACUUUGGCUGCACAGCUUUGCACACAGCAGCCAAGCAUUUCAUGAAGAACAGAGAUGACAUGGAGAGAUGUAUUGCACUUCUUAUGGCCAAGUCUAAUAUACAGAUCAACAAGCAUAACCGAAAAGGACGCACAGCAGUGCAUGAAGCACUUCUAGGACAUUGUAAACUUGCUGUUGAAGCUAUUCUGAGAUAUGGUAAAUUUAAUGUUGCGAUUGAAAACAGAGACACACAAAGUGGAAAAACAAUACGAGAACUCAUACAAGAAAAGUUCCCUGAUAUAUACCUGCCUUCACCAAAGUCAGUAGAACUUUCAGAAGAGGAAGAUACAGAGGUCACUACUUUGUUUGAAUAUCUGUACUUCAAAAAAUAUCAUGAUUUUAAAUCAAAGUUUGAGACAACUGAUAAAAAAGCACUAAUAAAUGCUGAUGAUGGAAAAUUUACAUUCCUGCAGUAUGCUUGUCAUCAUGGUCUGUGUGAUAUAGCAAAGUUCUUGUUGUCCAACGGCGCUGAUCCUGAUGCCACAGUACCUACCAAUAGGAAGCCUCCAAUAUUUCAUGCAUGUUCAGGUGGAUUCUAUGACAUCCUGCUGUUGUUAUCAGAAUACAAGGCAAAGGUUGAAACAGUUGACAGUAAAACAUUACUCCAUGCUGUGGUGAAAGGUAAAGAUCUAAAACCAGCCCAUGGCAGUGACUACCGAAAAUGCUUUAAACUGCUCUUGGAAAGGAAAGAGAGUUUAAAACUCGAAAUUAAUGCCACAGAUAUUAAUGGGAACACUGCCUUGCAUUAUGCAGUCAAAGAAGAAGACCAGCACUAUGCCAGAGCUUUGCUUCAGAAUGGGGCAUAUGUUGGGCUUGAGAACCAUUUUGGUUAUCCACCUCUAGCUGACAUUGAUCCAGUAACUUUAAGAAGCUUCCUAGAUGACUGUUUAGAAAGCAAUGGCAAGUUCAGGAGAGAUGACAAAUAUGAACUAACAUUUAAAUAUGGAUUCCUUGAACCACCCACAAAUGAAUGUAGUGUACAGUAUUUCCAGUCUCAAGAAAGUGGCCAACUGGGCAGAUCAAGCACAGACUCACAUAAACCUGUUCCUGAGCUGUAUCCACUCCAUUAUAUCAGCAAGUCUCAAGACCUCAGGCCACUCCUUACGCAUCCUGUGCUACUCAGUUUCCUGCACCUCAAGUGGAACCACUUCCGAAUCUUCUUCUACACUAACCUCAUAUUUUACGCAGUAUUUGUGGGCUUGCUGACACUUCACAUUCUCGGAGACUGUUCAGAAAAACCUGGAAACACCUCGAACCCACAAAUAAUUUUACAUGACAGAACAAAGCAUACAGGUAUACAGUGGAUACUGCUGGUCAUUCUCUUGGUAGGCCUUAUGCUACGAGAACUGUUCCAAAUGGUUGUGUCACCCAAAAGGUACUUCUGUGGCUUUGAGAAUUGCAUUGAGCUGCUCUUGAUUAUAUCCACACUCAUUAUUCUGUCUAAGGAAGGGAGUGAGUGUGCCCGGUCUCUUGAUGCCAUUGCAAUACUACUUGCUUGGACUGAAAUGUUCCUCCAGAUUGGUCACAUCCAUGUGCUGUCCACAUACAAUGAGAUGAUGCGUAGAGUUCUGUGCAAUUACUUAAAAUUCUUGGUAUGGGAUGUUUUCCUCAUCAUUGCUUUUGCUCUUGGAUUUUAUUCACUCUUUCAUGAUAGAAUAACAUCUGGACAGAAUGGCACUGAAGACAAUUUCUUUCAGCAACCUUCUAUGUCUAUAUUCAGAACACUUAUAAUGCUAAUGGGUGAAUUUGAUAUCUCCAGUGUACCAUUUGAUCUUGUGCCUGGUCUGAGUUAUGUAAUAUUUCUUUUCUUCGUGCUUUUAGUACCCUUAGUCAUGGUGAACCUGCUCAAUGGCCUGGCAGUAAGUGACACACAGGCCAUUAAAAAUGAUGCACAACUAGUUAGCAUUGAAUCCAUGAUUGAAACAAUAUUUUAUUUUGAAACCAUGCUCUUAGGGGAUCCCUUGUCUUGCCCUUGUCCAGUGGGAGCAAAAUAUCAGUGCUGCUGUUGGCCAAAAUACAUUCACCCCAACCUCAUGUGUGUACAGAACUUAUUCAAGAAUGUAUUUAUUUUUCCAAAUUCAUUGCCCAACAAUGAAUUUAAGGUAUUUCCUAAUCUGGGCCAGAGAAUUAUCAUCUUCCCUAGUACAGUUUUUCCAAAGAAGAAAACAGACUGUGAUAUGGCCACAGAGAUGGAUUGCUAUGGACUUCCUGGAGGCUGCUGUAAGAUGGACAGCAGUGUUAUGAAAUCUGCCAUGGAUAUUAUUGACAGGAAGUCAGAAGUAUCAGAGAAACAACUGACAGACAGACUGGACAAUAUAGAGAAACAGGUUCAAGCCCUUCAGGAGAGUUUGAAUGGAUGGUUUAACCAGGGUGAUGAUGAGUGACAAUUAUUGCAUAAACUCAUAUAUCUUAACAGGACUUAAUAAUAUAAUUAAAUCAGAAUUAUGGUUCAAUAUAAUUCCCACUGCAGAAAAACAAAACUGGUCUUUGCUUUGAGAUGAGCAGUCUUUGUUUUUUUCGGUAUGUUGUGAAUUAUUGCAUGGACUUCUUCCCAAGGAAUAUAAGGACUAAAAUAUGGAAAUCAGCAGUUUUGUUUCUGUAAGAUUCAAACUUGGUCUGUUAUCCUAAGAGAUGAACGUAUACUAAGGGUGUUUGGGAACAGAGUGCUAGGAAAAACUGAGGAUCUUCCUAAUUCAUACUGUUCACAUUUUUUAGCUGAUAAAAUGAAAGAUGAUGAAAUGAGCAUGGAAUGCAGCACAAAUGGGAAAGAUAAGAAACACAUAAAAUUAUAUUCAGAAACAUGUAGGAAAGGAACCACUUAGGACACCUUGGUGUAGGUAAGGGAAUAAUAUUAAAAUUGACGUAUUUUUCCAUGUCAUAAACAAGCUAGAUGGUCUUAUAAUGCAGGCUUCUUUCAUGUUUAUGUAUGGUCUGAGAAAAAACUGUCUGCCAUGUAUUUGGUAUAUUGGGCCAUUUGCAACCUCCCACAAACUGAAUUUAUUUUAUCACAGAUGUCUGUUAGUUGUAGGGGCCAAGAUGUAAGUAGUAUUAUUACAAAUGCACACUGUUGGUUAGAUGGACCUAAAGUUUUCUCAUUUAAAUCCAUCGUUCAGUGAAUAUGAUCUGGUGCUGCCUGAAAACCAGACUAUAAGAUGUCCAUCACUGGUCAACAGCUAGCAAUUGCUGGCCUGGAAAUGAAAGUCUAACAGUGGGAUUUCCACUGUUACAAAUGAAUUGUUUGAGACAGACACAUAUUCCCAUCACAACACGAGAUUCCUUGCAUAGCAGCAGGCGAAAUUAACCCUUCGACAAGGUAUUCCCUAUUCUGUCUGAGUGCAGGAUAUAAGAGUCCAUAUCUGACUACAGCAGCAGAGUUUCGUAUCUGAUGAGAACUAAGGACAGUUGAGCUACAACCAGAAGACACUUCACUAAGAUUAGUGGUGCAAGAGUGUUGUAACAUUGAAGAAGAAACGUCCAAAGACAUUGUAAGUGGGAAUAACUGUACUUGUAAAUGUAAAAGUGACUGUCCAAUAAACGUAUUUGCCAAAUCCAAGACCACGCACAAAUUUCUUGUCAAAUUACCUAGCAAACUCACAACAGUAUGUAUGGAGCUAUAUAUCCACUUCCCAUACAAACCUGGUCUCUUACCCAUGAUCUUACAGUUCAGCUGUGGCGUGUGGCAUAUAUAUAUAUAUAUAUAUAUAUAUAUAUAUAUAAUUCACACACCCAAACCUUGGACAUCACUGAUAUGGCAAAAGAGAUCACAUUUUUAACACAUAUCUACUUUGUAAUUCAGUCCACAGAAAUUCAACAAUACAGCAUUUAUGGUGACUAUCAAAAAACCCUACAGUAGCCCUAGGAAACAGACAUGUGGCUUUGAAACAACCCUGGAUAGAUUCUAACACAACAUCAAUUUGCAGGACAGUUAGGCCAGACUCAUCUUCAGAAUGCUUUUCUGGAAAGAGCAAUAAAGGGAUUUAAAGACUGCUAUGUUGCCUUUCAACAAACUUGUUUAAAAAUCACAAGUUUUUUGUUAAUGAAACUCAAACUUUGAGCCUGGACAAUUUAGCAUCAACUUCUGAUUUAAACUUGACACAUAUUCUUCAGCCACUCAAGAAAAUUGAUAUAAAUACAUCCACCCAAAAGCUGGUGUUUGUUUAAGCUUUCUGAUGUCAGACCAUUGCUUACAUUGCCAAAGAUAAUAAACACAAGGCUUAAAAAAUCAUAAACAAUUCUGUUUACAGAAAUAAAUUACAUGAAACCAAUCCAGCCCCACUGCAACGAAAAUUAUGAAAUCAAGAUGUGGCACGAGAAGUCUGCCAACUGCUCAUUUACAGUAAUGAAGUAUCAAGAACUGGACUCAAAGUUAUACAGUUUGAACUACUAACAGUGUCACCAAAUAAACCAUAAAUAAAAGAAACAUGAAGAUAUUAAGAGGAAAUCAAGAAAAAAAAGCACUACAAUUAAACAAGUUUAUCUAGUAGUUCCUGACACGGAUCUGAAGAACCAAUCUUUGUUGAUACUGAUGAUAAAUGUGGUCAUAGUGAAUCCAGAGCACUUGGUCUUUAAGACCCUGCCUGACCAUACUGUGGCCUGUAAUUAUAUUUGAAGAUGGUCUGGUAGACCAUGAACAGGUUCCCUUGGCAUUACUCUGGAGUGUCCUGCAGAAAACAUUGAAAAUAAAUCUUUAAGGGUACUAUCUUCUCAGUUGUAUUGUCAUGUAGUCUUGUAGAAGUCCACCAACAUUCUAACUCCACCUUCUUGGUCAAGGAAUACAGCAAGCAAGAAGCAGGUGGCAAACAGAGCAUAUGAAUAGUACUAUCUUCUGGUAUGUAAUGCCACAUAGUCUGGUAGAAGUGCACCAAUGUUCUGCCUUUAUCUCCAUGGACAAAGGGCAAGCCAAGCAAGAAACUACCAAGAAGUAGACAGCAGGAGAGGAGAGUAUCAUCUUCUGGGAUGUAGCACCGAGUAGUUGCAGAAGUCAACUCUAAUUUCAGAGAAAUGUACUGCCUCCUUCUUCAUAGUCCAAGAACCCAAGUAUGAAGCCAGCAAGAAACGUUCUGUGGCAUUCUAUUUCUGUUAGGUUUGAAUGCCCUACAACUGGUUUUCUUUUUUCUCAGAUUGCUGAAUAAGUCAGGCAACCAAAAGAAGCUGUUCAUAUAUAGCACCUCAACAUCCUUCAAUCUUUUCUGUCACUUGUUCUUCAGUUAGUUGCAAAUGUUGCCAUAUCUGCAGUCAUCUGAGUCUUCUCCAUAGCUAUGCAGACAUCCACAUAAUAUGCGGAGCCAGACAUGUCCCAUAACUUAGAAAUCUUUAUUCUGCAUACAGGUGUUCCUUGGGUAUCUAAUGUUUGAAAAUUUUCCUCCCCUUGAAAAGAAAUAUGACAUCAUCCACAGCCAGAUGCUCAAAAGGAGUGUUACAUUUUAAAUAUGCAGGAUCCAGCAUGUCAAAAAAAUGUCUUAAUUUCAACAGUGUGUCAUAGUUCGUGUGAUUAUUGUCAAGAUCACUGCCAUUAUUUGAAAUGUGACUAAAUCCAUGAAUGUGAGGGAAUUUUGUCACUCUCACUGUCUUGCCAUAAAAGGGCAAAAAGAUUUAUUCAGUAAUCAACCAAAAGUCUUUUAGGUUGUCAUAAUCUUCAUGUCCCCAUUUCAAUAAUAAUGACCGGAAAAAGAAACAUUUCAGAUACAGUGAUAUCAGAUAAUAAACAAGAAAGUACAAGUACUGGUAGUAUCAAUUAGUCUAUUUCACCAGCACAGUAAUAACAAGUGCAAAAUAUAACCUGAAAACACUGUAUAGAGCUGAGUCUUUAUUUAUUUAUGGUGCAAUAUUCUGCUUUACCAGCCAUAUUACUAAUGGAUUGAUGGAUAUUGUUGUCUGACACCCCUAAACAGUGCAAGUAGUAUUGGAAUAAACACAUUAGAACUCGUAUGUGUUGCCGUUGUGGAUACAAGUAUCUGACUGGCCCCUUGGUUUGCCAUCAGUCAUACCCUUCUUGGCAGGGUCAAAAUGGAGAUUGUUCCAUCUGGUCAUCUUUCUCCUUGUCUGUUUGGUCAGAGUUUUCCUCAGUUGCCUCUGAUUUGCUGUUAGAAGUACUCAGUCUUGUGUUUGUCCAGGAGCUGUACUUUGAAGCUCGUGAUGGCAUGCCCUUAUAGUGUGAAAUCAGAGAUAAGAAGCUCAAAGCAUGGGUUAGAAUGAGCUGACACUGAUUGCUUCCUGUCUCA